AUGAAGUUAAAGCGCGCCAAGGCGUACAAGAAGCAGCUCCAUCAAUACGAACUCAACUUCGGCUUCCGCGAACCCUAUCAAGUCCUGCUUGAUUCACAGAUCCUCGAAGAUGCCUACUCGUGCAAAAUCGACCUCCUCGCGCGACUGCAAAAGCUGCUUGGCGCGCAGGUAAAGCCCAUGAUCACGACUUGCGACAUGCGACACCUCUACAACGCAGAACCGAAGAACGAGACCCUCAUAUUACAAGCCAAAGAGUACGAGCGCCGGCGGUGCAACCACCAAGACUUGGAGAAGCCGCUGAGCACACUGGAAUGUCUGAGCUCUGUAGUGGACCCCAAGGACAAUGCGACCAACAAGCAUCGAUAUGUGGUUGCGGCCAACGACCCGGACACGCGCGCAAAAAUGCGACAAAUCGCCGGCGUACCAAUCAUAUACCUGUCCAAGUCUAUAGUGCUCAUGGAGUCUAUGGCUGAGGCGACGGAGCAACACCGUGAGCGAGAGGAAAAGUCAAAGUUCAAAUUGGGGCUCAAAGGCCAGCGGAAGCCAGACGAGGCGCCCAAGAGGAAGAGAGAAGACGAGGGACAAGCUGGACAAGGCGAUCAAUCUAUUGAAGAUCAGGCUACUGGAGACGCGAGGCCCAAGGCGAAGAAACGCAAGGGGCCCAAGGGACCUAAUCCGCUGAGUGUCAAGAAGUCGAAGAAGGAAAAGACGGCCCAGCCAAGUGCUACCAAGAAGGCGCGACCAUCCACAUCAGAGACCGACGGUGACAAGAAGAGAGGCGAACGUGAAGAAUCUGCGCCUCGCAAGAGGAGAAGGAAGCACAAGUCCAAGGCUGACGGAGGCGGGGAUGCGCCGGAUGGAGGAGAGCCUUCAGAGCCAGCUUCACCAUGA